AUGGAGGUUUCAUAUGGCGAAGCCGGCUAUAAGGGGCUGUUUCGGCAGCCGUACAUCUUCUUUCUAGCAUGCUUCGCUAGUAUUGGAGGUGUCCUGUUCGGAUAUGAUCAAGGCGUUAUCAGUGGCGUUCUGGUCAUGAACAACUUCGGUAAACAGUUCCCGACCUUGGCAAACGACGCCACUCUUCAAGGAUGGAUGGUAGCUGUCCUUACUCUCGGAGCGAUGGUUGGAGCCUUGGUCAACGGCCCGAUUGCCGAUGCUCUUUCCAGACGAUGGACUAUCCUCCUAGCGAACGUCAUAUUUCUCAUCGGUUCGAUCAUACAAGCGGCAGCCAUCAAUGUUCCUAUGAUCUUUGUCGGUCGCUUCAUCGCCGGCUUGUCCAUUGGUCAGCUUUCGAUGGUGGUUCCACUAUACCUGAGUGAACUAGCUCCUCCCAACCUACGCGGCAGUCUUGUCGCGCUUCAGCAACUUGGUAUCACCGUGGGCAUCAUGAUUGCCUUCUGGCUGGAUUAUGGAACUCAGCAUAUCGGCGGGACUGGAGACAACCAGUCUCCCGUAGCGUGGCGCCUGCCCCUGGCCCUCCAAUGCGUGCCUUCACUAGUGCUGGCAGUGGGCACAUUCUUUCUGCCCUACACACCGCGUUGGCUGUUGAUGAAGGAUCGCGAGGAAGAAGCCUUAGCAACUCUGAUCCGCGUCCGCCGUGUACCCUCCGACGACCCUCGUCUCAGACUUGAACUCCUUGAGAUCAUGGCGGCCGCUCAAUUCGAUCGUGAAACUACGAAGGCGAUGUACCCAGGCGUCACUUCCCGCUUACACCUCACUAUCCAGCGAUACAAGUCUCUGUUCGUUGUGCGGCAUCUCAACCGUCGCCUGCUCAUUGCUGCGCUUCUCCAGAUAAUCCAACAAUUUACUGGAAUCAACGCUAUCAUCUACUACGCCCCGAAGAUCUUCAAGAACAUUGGACUGUCAGGUAACUCCGUUGAUCUACUUGCGACAGGCGUGGUGGGUGUGAUCAACUUCUUCUCCACGAUCCCAGCUAUCAUGUUCAUGGAUUGGUGGGGCCGCAAGAAGGUGCUGAUCAUUGGCGGCAUCGGUAUGGGUGUCUCCCAACUAAUCGUUGGCACAUUGUACGCGGUUUACAAGGACUCUUGGGCGAGCAAUAAGUCUGCUGGUUGGGCUGCUGCAGUCUUUGUGUGGACUUACAUCGCCAACUUUGCAUUCAGUAUUGGAUGCGUCAACUGGAUUGUGCCAUCCGAAAAUUUUCCUCCUGGCGUCCGGUCCCAAGCGGUGGGCCUAGCCAUUGGAACGAACUGGCUGAGCAACUUCAUUGUGGCCCUGAUCACCCCAAGAAUGCUGGAAGCUAUCACAUUCGGCACGUUCUACUUCUUCCUCGCUUUCUGCGUUCUGCUGAUCGUCUGGGUAUACUUCUUCGUUCCAGAAACCAAGGGCGUCCGCAUUGAGGAGAUGGACAAACUCUUUGGUGGCAAUCAAGGAGAGGAAGAUAUGCGCCGUAUGGAGGCAAUCAGACAAGGAUUAGGUAUUACUCCCGGGGGCAGUGGCCUUGCCAAGAAAGAAGCCGAUGUCGGUGUCAGCGAGGUGGAAAAGGUAUAG